GUUUAGUCUCAACGCGAAGCUCGCGACGAUCAAGUCAGGAAAAUCUGUCGGACGUUAUAUAUGUUCAUGUUGGCGGCAAUGAAACUACAGCUUAUAUUGCUGGGCGCACUGGGCGCCAUUGGCAUUGCUGCUGCUGCCACUGCGCAAUUUAGUUAUGGCAGCUGCGAGACCAAAGGCACCAAGGAGCACGGAUUAUGCAUUCACAUACGAGACUGUCCAUUUCUCUACGAGAUACUCAAUAUAAGCCAGUCGACGCCAGAGCAGCGUCAACUGCUCUCCGAUAGCCAAUGCGGCCUGGAUAAUACCCGUCAAAGUGGUUUGGUGCAGCGUAUUCUGGUGUGCUGCCCGGACAGCAAACGCCGCAUGCAGAGCGCAGACACUGCAACUGGAACACCGAUUGAUAAUCGUUCUGGGGGCGAGCCCGAUCCGAGCAAUGUGCUACCUAGCAUAGGCACUUGCGGUAUUUUAUUUUCGAAUCGCAUUAUUGGCGGCACUAAAACGCAGCUCUUCGAGUUUCCGUGGAUGGCGCUGCUGCAGUAUAAAAAGCCCAAGGAUGAGCUCGAUUUUAACUGCGGCGGAGCAUUGAUCAACUCACGCUACGUUCUGACGGCCAGUCACUGCCUGAAUAGCAGCCUGUUGCAAAUGCAUGGCUGGCAAUUGUUUAGUGUGCGUCUGGGUGAAUGGGACAUAAGCACUGCUCCGGACUGCGUGACCGAGGUGGGCAAUAAGCAACGCACUUGUGCACCCAUGCACUUGGACAUUGAGAUUGAACAGCGGAUUUUGCAUGAGCUAUAUGUGCCAAACUCCAUUGAUCAGAUGCACGACAUUGGACUGUUGCGUCUCAAGCAAGCGGUUCGCUAUACGGAAUAUGUGAAGCCCAUUUGCCUGCCGGUUGGCGACGAUGUGCGCAACAACGAUUUUGAGGGCUACGCCAUGGACGUGGCGGGCUGGGGUGUUACCGAGGACGGUAAGCCUAGCAAUGUGAAGCUCAAAAUCACGGUGGAUGUGUGGACUCUUAAAAGUUGCCAGGAUAAAUAUCGCUCCUACCAAAUGCAUCUGAAUAGUUCACAAUUAUGCGCUGGCGGAAAGAUAAAUAUUGAUACCUGUCAAGGUGAUUCCGGCGGGCCACUAAUGGUACCUACCCAUGUGGGCAUGCAGGAAGUUUUCUUUGUGGCCGGCGUCACAUCAUAUGGUCCCAAGCCCUGCGGCCUGCAAGGCUGGCCAGGUGUUUACACGCGCGUGGGACAAUAUGUCGACUGGGUAGUGAGCAAAUUAGAAAUUUAAUCCGAUUGAUAACUUUAAUAAAUAAAAUUGGUAAUUUAUUAUUCACAUA